CUGUAGCACGUCAUCGACGCCGUCUACUGGAGCGAACAGGUGUUCGUCCGUUUGUUUGAAACGGUUUGAAACGAUGUCUUCGAUUGGGCUGGACACCCGCACAGAUGUUUUGUGACGCUAACCUCCUGAAGAUGAAGUUGGCCGGUCUGUGUACGCUGAACGUUGGCGGCCGCAGGUUUUGUUUCCCAGCAGAACUAAUGAAGAGACUCCCUCUCACUCGACUCAGCCAGUUACAGCGAUGCGCAUCCGAAAGUGAACGCCUGGAAGUGUGCGAUGACUAUGACCAUGAAACAUGGAAAACUGUGAUUCAUCCCGCUCACGUGUGAGCUGUCCUUCUACAACGAGAUGCUCUACUGCGGUCUGGAGACCACCAACCUUCAGCCCUGCUGCCCACGUCGGCUUGACCACUGCACGUCUGACUACUUUGUGCACAUGAGGAUCCGCAGCAUCACUGGCUGGACAGAAUUCGAGAAACUUUUGAGGAACCCACGUCCUCACUGGCAGCGCAGGUCCUGGCCUCUGUCUCAGUGAUGUUUGUCCUCAUCUCCAUGGUCAUGCUUUGUGCCAGCACAUUACCUGAGUGGAAGGCAGCCGAGACGCUGAACCAACACAGGAUCAUGGAGGCAGUGUGUAUCGGAUGGUUCACAGUGGAACGUACAGACCAGUUUUUGGUGUCUCCAGAUAAGUGUGAAUUUGUGCGACGCCCCCUCAAUAUAAUUGACCUGCUGGCCAUCAUGCCAUAUUACAUCUCAGUCAUCAUGACAACCCUGACAGGGGAAAACGGGCAGCUUCAGAGGGCCGGCGACACGCUGAGGGUGCUUGGCAUCAUGCGGAUCUUCUGGGUGAUCAAGCUCGCCCGGCACUUCCUGGGUCUGCAGACGCUCGGCCUCACUUUGAGGCGCUGCUACCGUGAGAUGGUGAUGCUCCUGGUCUUUAUUUGCGUAGCCAUGGCCAUCUUUAGCGCACUGGCCCAGUUGUUGGAGCAGGGAAACCAAGACUACAGUAGCAUUCCCGCUGCCAGUUGGUGGGUGAUCAUUUCCAUGACCACAGUGGGCUACGGCGACAUGUACCCAGUGACUGUCGCGGGACGUAUUUUGGGGGGCUUCUGUGUUGUGAGUGGCAUUGUUCUCCUUGCUCUGCCCAUCACCUUUAUAUACCACAGCUUUGUCCAGUGCUACCACGAACUUAAGGUGCAUUCUGUCCGCUACACACGCCGACUGUCCGCCGAGUUUGUCAGCUGAGGAGCACUGUUUUGUCUUGUGCGUCAUUAUCCAAAUGCACUGACUCAUCAUAAUAUCCAUCGUCACAAUUGUGAAGUACAAGCUAAUUUUGAUUUAAGGCUGAGAGGAGCAUUUACAUUUUUUCAUGUAUAUAAAUAUAUUUAGCACUGCAUUCAAACCAAAGUGUUCAGCACUUUAUUUCUUUAAAAAGAAUAAAUAUAUACAUAUAUAUAAAAAUGACCAAUAACUUCAGAUGACGAUGCCCUUCUCUGCCGCUUAACCUUCUUUCCCUACAAUAGCAUUUGGAGGUCUUUUGAUGUACGGCUCUUUAUUUACCGCUCCACCAUGUUGCUGUCUGGAAAAGCAUGACAUAAUUUUCAUGAGAUCAAUUUCAACAGAUACAUUUAGAAAUAUAAACGUUCAAGGUCAGAGAAGAAACAAACUUGGAGGUGGAGGACUGAGGUGGACAAGGCUUGGGAACAGGGUUGGUUUGCUUCUCUUGGUUGCUAGAAUGAAAAGGAAAGAUGGAUUUUAGAUUUAAAAAAUAAACAGAGAUUACAAAUAUUAUGUGACACUUACAAUGAAUGCACGCUGACAUUGUGUAGAGGAGGCCGAUUCUCAAUCUGGUGAGGAAAACAGAUGUCAAUACAACAGAUUAUCAUUUCAUGAUUUACAGCACAGAUCUGAUCAGUCACUCACCUGGUCCAGGAAAGUAGCACCUUGAGGACAAUACAUGUUGUCUAGUGGUACUAGGCAGGGGCCAGUUGACAUGGGGCACAUAUAAAGUAGAGGAGGCUGAUUCUCAAUCUGGUGAGGAAAACAGACGUCAAUACAACAGCGUCUCUCUCUCUCUGAAAGAGGAGGGCAGAUUAUCAUUUCAUGAUUUACAGCACAGAUCUGAUCAGUCACUCACCUGGUCCAUGAAAGUAGCACCUGAGUUUGUCAGCUGAGGAGCACUGUUUUGUCUUGUGCAUCAUUAUCCAAAUGCACUGACUCAUCAUAAUCUCCAUCGUCACAAUUGUGAAGUACAAGCUAAUUUAGAUUUAAGGCUGAGAGGAGCAUUUACAUUUUUUCAUGUAUAUAAAUAUAUUUAGCACUGCAUUCAAACCAAAGUGUUCAGCACUUUAUUUCUUUAAAAAGAAUAAAUAUAUACAUAUAUAUAAAAAUGACCAAUAACUUCAGAUGGCGAUGCCCUUCCUUCUCUGCCGCUUAACCUUCUUUCCCUACAAUAAGAAAAACAAUUGUCACUAUUAAUGCACCUCCACAGGAAAACACUGUUCAAAAAAAGUCAGAGUGUUUACAUAGUUGUCCUUGCUGGACCACUCAGGAUGCUUCUCCGAGUGGAGUCGCCGCUCCUCCGCCGCUUUCUCAUAAUAAUCCUGCUGUUCAUCAGAUGACAUAUUCCUCCACUGUGGAAACAAAAGAAAAUAAGUUCACACAAUUCUUCAGAGGAACGAUGAGAUCGUCAAACUUACUCCUGUAAUUGAUAUUAAAGUCUCAUUUCAUUUCAAUUAUUAUAGAAAUGUAAAUAUUUGUAAAAAUAUAUUUUCAUACAUGAUGACUUUUUACAUUUGAAUAUUUGAAGAGACGAUAACUUCAGCUAAAUAAUAAAGUAUGAGAUCACUUUCAUCCUUCAUGAAGACCAUAAACGCAUUUGGAGGUCUUUUAACGUACGGCUCUUUCUUGACCUUGAAGACAAUAGUCGUCUAGUGGUGCUAAGCAGGGGCCAGUUGACAUGGGGUACAUACAGGGUUCAUACCCAGCCAGUGGUUCACAUGGCUCAUAGGGAUAUGGCCCUGUGUUGAGGCCUGAGCAAACAUGGUUGAUGCUCAGUGGUUCCUCAGGAGAAGUUGGAAAGUCCCCAAGCAGGUCCUCUAGGGCUGGGUUAAACCAUUAUUUUUGUCAGCGAUUUUUCGAUGCAUCGAUUAAUCUAACGAUUCAUUUUUUAAAUCCCAUUUUAUUCGAUUUCGAUUUGAUUAUCGAUUAUCUCCCCAUAAUUUGACCUAUAUAGCAAUUAAUGCUAAUUUAUCUCAAUGAAAAAAACACAAAUUUCUUCUUUCCAAUAUAUUUUUAUUAUCAGGGUCAAAAAUUAACAACAACAAUAAAGUGCACACAGUUGUAGUGCAAAUGAGUCCUAUAAUAAAAAAAACAAUAAAAUAAAACUUUCUUUCAAUAAAUGAAACUGCAAAAAACACAAUCUGAAGCAAAAUCUUAUCAACAUAAAAUAAAUAAAAAAUAACAGCAGCAGUGACGGCUGCAAUUUACAAAACAACACUAUGUGUGAGAGCAGCAACUUAGCCUCAUCAUUUCAAUCUGUGAAAUCAUCAAAAGGAUGCUCUCAUUAAGUGCAGCAGCCUCCAAGGGGGUGAAGGCUGGUGUUUUUUUUUCCGUCUGAUAGUAGUCCUCCAAACCUUUCUGCUUAUCCCUGUUUUGACAUCAUUGAUUUGUAGGUUUUUAUUUUUAUUUUUUGAUAACAUGGCAUUGACAGUAAAUAGGACUGGGUGCAGGUCUGUAAUUCGACCACGAAGUGGGGAUGCACAGAUGCUGUCGCUUUGUCGGGCGCUCAUCAUUCUGUGAUUCAACUUGGUGAUGAGCGACCGAACAGAGCGUGGCCUGCAUUGAGAACUUGUCCUUGGUCUUUGUGCAGGUGAGCAGUAUGUGUGUAAGUGAAGGGUGAGGGUGAGGGGGUCUGGAUGGGAGAGUCGUCGCCGGUGUAACUCUGCAUGAAUGUGCGUGCGCGUGUGUUUUGCGAGUAGUUCGAGGUAGCAGUUUGUGGCUAAGCUAACUUUCCAACAAUUAUUACACGCGACGUGGGCCCUGACAGGUGUGUGAGUAUUGCAUAUUUGUUUGAAUGACCAUAAUACCCUGCGACACUGUCAAUGAAGCAGGAGUGCAGUAUUUGUCAUGUUAUUGAAUUCAUUCUGUGAUUAAACUUGGUGAUGAGCGACUGAACAGAGCGUGGCCUGCAUACACAACUUGUCCUUCGUCUUUGUGCAGGUGAACUUUAUUCACAAAUAACACCUCAGUGACGAGUUUGCAACUUGGUGUCAGCGGUGGGCUGUAAAGAAUCGCUGUGAGACGACAGCCAAGCCUGCUGAAGAUGGAGCUGGAGGAAGUGCAAGAUCGACUGAGUGAGACUCUGAUGCGGUUGAACGUCGAGCAGCUUGGAGAGGUGUGUUGGCAAGGUCAAAGCUCCACUGAUAAAGCCACCAGGAAGCACAAGCUUGUCAAAAUAAUUGAUAAAAGUGUUGAGGACCUUAUUGAAACGGAGGAUGAGGACGUGCCACAGGGAUUUUUAGGAUUAAAAGUACGGAACAAAUAACUGUGAAGGAAAGUGAUGUAGAGAACGCAACAGCCUUGGCCAAUCUGAAGGAAAGAUAUGCAGCACUACAGCUAGAUUUCCAGAACUCUACUCAAAAGUUUGAAGAGGAAAUGUCAAAACUCACAAAAACAAGAGGGAAUCAGAACCUUGGUCAGAAUCCUACAGCUGUGGUAACCCAUCCAGCAGAGAUGAUUAUCCGGAGAGAGUUUCACAUGAAUGGCCAAAUUGGAGAGAGGGGUCAAAAGGACAAACUUUCACAUUCCACCUUGAAUCACCAGAUUGAGAUGGGAUUAAAACGAAAUCACAGUGAAAUGGAAAUUAUUGAGGCAGUUACAAGAGCCAUAAGUCCUGGUCUUAGUCUCUGUUAUAUGUUAGAGAUCAAAACAGACCUAACACUCUCACAGCUGCCGACCAUUCUAAAAGGACACUAUAAAGAAGAUAGUUCAAGUGACCUCAACAGCAAGUUGUUAAAUAUCACUCACCCUCAGAACUUUAUAUUUAAGGCAAUAGAACUCAAGGAGAGACUUAUAAGAGCAUCAAGGGAACCAGGAGCGGAUGAACACUAUCGUACUGUGCUCAUACAAAGGAAGUUUUUACAGGCAGUUGGUACUGGACUCAGGAGUGGUCAAGUCAAAUUCCAGAUGAAGAACUACCUGGAUGAUCCCACUGUCACGGAUGAGGUUCUGAUGGCCAAAAUAAAUCAAGCUUCAAGUUUGGAGUGGGAGCAGCUUCAAGGUUCAAAAAGAACUUCCGAGAACCUAAAAUCGGAGAGAUUCGAGCAGAAUCCCAAGUAAAGGAGACAACAAGCUCAUCUCAAGAUCCAGGACAAGAAGCCAUCUCCACCAGAAUCAAAACAUUCAGAACCACGGUCCCAAAUAAAGAGACUGAGCUCAUGGAUAUCAUCAAGCAGUUGAAAAAAGAAAUUUCUGACAUAAAGGGAGCUUUAAGUGAGACUGACAAACCUGUCCCUCAAAGAGGAAAUAACUAGAUGCAGAGUUGUCACAGUUGUCAAGAAGCUCAUCGAGAUGAUCAAUGUGAUCGUUGUUUUAAAUGUGGACAAAGGGGUCAUUUCUCUGGUGGAUGUCGAGCACAGAAGAAGAACUGCAACAGGCCUGAACAGGUAGAGAUGUCAAGUAACACUAACUCCUGUGUUGUCAUCUCCUGGUGCAGAGGUCUAAUGGAACGUGAAAGAUGUUAGUGAACUCCUCUCAGACAGCUACAACAUCUAGAGUCAAAACUGGCUGCAGACACUCAGAGGAUGGCAGUGGGAACAUUUGCAGUUAAUCUUCUCUCCCCAGGACGAAAGGCACAACUUCUGAAUUUGAUUGGAAGGAAAGAUGUCAUCAGCUGCUGGACUGAACCAGAGCUUUGUGGGACAGUGGAUCACAGGUGUGUCUCAUAAAUGAGAAUUGGAGAAAGUUGAACCUUAGUUAGAAAUGGCUCUGAGCUCCGAGGCCCUGGUCAUUUAGAAGGAAAGGCUGUCAACCAGACUUCGGUCCCUUUUUCUGGAUGGAUCAAAGUGACAUUUGGACUAGUUACUGAUGUAACAACACAAAUAGAACUUUUAGUUCCAGUGUUAGUCACUAUGGAGGUUGGAGUAGCGGAAGAGCCAAUCAUUGGUUUCCAUGUUAUUGAACACUUUAUAGAGAGAGGCAUUGAUCCACCCAGUGUCGUAACAGAAGAAAAACAGAGGUAUUCAUGAGAGUGAUGAUGAGUAAGGAGGACAGUCUAGGUGAGGGCAGUGUCAAGACUGGAAGAGAGCUGAUGUCCAUUGCUCCUGGUCGGACGCGAGGCGUGAAGUGUACUGUGAGGGCAGGACCACUUCCUGAAUCACAUGAUGUCAUAUUUGAACCAUUCUCACUCACACCCACUGUUACCUGAGGGUCUGGAAGUCAAAGAGACUGUAGUGCGCCUAUGAAGAGGAAGUUGUUGUCGCAUCCAGAUCCCUGUGAGUAACCACUCGACUCAUGAGAUUCUCUUGCCACCCAGAACGGUUCUUGGACAAACACCGGCAGUAAAGACAACAUAUCCAGCCGACACAAAGCCAGUAGAGAUUGGUAAAAGGAAAAAAAAAGCUCAACAAAGUGCAACAACCCAAGGUCUGAGUCAAUAAAUGAGAAAGAUGAAGCUGUAUAGGAUCCUCCGAAAAGUGAAUCAGCUUCUGCAGGAUGAAUGCGAUGUCUUCGUCAGAGAUGAACAAGAUGUAGGAACCAUCCCCUCAUUGCAGCUCAAAAUCCGUUUGUAUGACCCUACACCAGUGAAGCAGACAUACAGUGCCUGUCAUAAGCAUUCACCCCCUUGGAUAUUUUAGCCUUUUGCAGCAUUCAUUCUGCCCUCCAUCUUCACAAGCCUUCCAGGUCCGGCUGCUGAGAAACAUCCCCACUGCAUGAUGCUACCACCACCAUGCUCAACAGUAGGGAUGGCGUGUUUUUGGUGAUGUGCAGUGUUUGGUUUCCGCCAAACAUGACGUAUUGUCUGAUGGCCAAAAAGCUCGAUUUUGGUCUCAUCAGACCAAAGAAUCUUCUUCCACUUGACCAUGGAGUCUUCCACGUGCUUUUUGGCAAACUCUAGCCGAGAUCUAAUAAGACUUCAACAGUGGCUUUCUCAUUGCCACUCUCCCAUAAAGCUUUGACCGGUGAAGAACCCGGGCAGCAGUUGCUAUAUGCACAGUCUCUCCCAUCUCAGCAGCUGAAGCUUGUAACUCCUUCAGAGUAGUCGUAGGGGUCUUGGUUGCUUCUCUCACUAGUCUCCGACUUGCACGGUCACUUAGUUUACGAGGGCGGCCUGAUCUAGGCAGAGUCACACAACUGCCAUAUUCCUUCCAUUUCUUGAUAAUGGAUUUCACUGAACUCCGGGGGAUGUUCAAUGCCUUGGAAAUUUUUUUGUAUCCAUCCCCUGAAUUGUACAUCUCACUCACCCAUUCCCUGAGUUGCUUGGAGUGUUCUUCUGCCUUCAUGGUGUAAUUGUUGCCAAGAAUACUGAUCCACCAGUCUGGCCCAUUGGGACACAGGUGUUUUAUACCUCAGUCACUUGAAGCACACCCACACCACUCAAGUGAUCUUCAUUUCACUAACUGUGAGACUAUUGGCAAGAAUUUGAUGGACCUCAAUUGAAUUAGACCAUUAACUUAAAAGGGGGGUGAUUCAUUAUGCAAACAAUUAUAUUUCUUUAUAUAUUUUAUUUCAUUGACACAUUGACAUGAGAGUUUUUUCCAAUAAUUUUUUUGUGUUAAAAAAGCCAAAUUUUAUUGACCAUGGAUGAUUUAUGAAAGCACUAAAAGGGUAAAACAUCCAAGGGGGUGAAUACUUACGAGAGACACUGUAUAUAUCUGUCCCUGAACCACAACACAAGGAGGUAAAACAAUAUCGAGAGGAUCUAAUUAAGAAAGUAAAAUCAAAGUCAUCCUACUCCAGC